AUGGCGGACACAUCUGGGGAGCUUGAGGAGCGUGUGUAUGCGCUGGGCCGUGUCAUCGCAUGUCCGAUCUGCCUGGCUGUUAUGGAGAAGCCCGCACGCCUGCCCUGCCUCCAUUACUUUUGUUGGGCGUGCAUCACUCACAAUGUACGGCCGCGGGGGGAGGUCAUCUGCCCGGUCUGUCGGGGGAAGACGAACCGUCGCGAGAUCCAAGCAGAUGCCAAAAUGACGACGAUUAGUCAUUUGUACGGCCAACUGGAGGCCGCCCUGGGUAAGCCUCUGCUGCUCUCACAGCUGCCUUCCCUGGAGCAGCUGCCGCCGCCGCCGCCAGCGGGACUGGAUCAAAAUCCAGAUCCACGAAUCAAUAUCGCCGCCGGCGUGGCGGAGGCGGAGGCGCCAAAGUUGCAGCCUCAACGGGGCCGACGGCGCAGCACUGCAGCCACUGCUGCUGGUGGCGGCGGCAGUGGCGGUGUCCAGGCCGCGGCGGCGGCAGCGGGAGCGGCGGCAGUCGGGACAAGGAGCCGUCGCACCAGCGCAAGGCGCGGCUCCGCUGCCGCUGCCGCCGGCCCCGGCGUUGCCGUACCCGCGACGGAAACAGCAACACCACCACCGCAGGGUGCCGCCGCGGCGGCGGGAACGCCGCAGCAAGUAACACCGAGAUCGGCCGCGGGGUUCCAAAGUUGCAGAGAACCGCUUCCGGCGGUACCGGGCGCUGCCGCCGCCGCCACCGCCGCCGCCGCGCCUGUACUGCGCGAGGUUUCUAACAUGAUGCCAGCGUCAGGCGGCGGCGGCCACACCACAGGUACCAUGGGCAGCGGCGGCGGUGGCGGCGGCAGUACGGGGUUUACCGGCGGCGUCAAGCGGCGCCAUCUGGACCUGGACAGGGUUUGUAAGGCAGCGGCGGCGGAAGGCGAGGGCCCGGCUGCUGCCGCCGCCGCUGCGCCGCCGCCGUCGGCGGCGCAGCUGGAGAAUCGAGCCGACGUGACUGCGGCCGGCGAAGGAAAGGAGGCGGAAGCCGCGGCGGUGACGACGCCGGUGGCGGCCGGCCCUGCCUCCAGGACACGGCCUUCAGCCACUGCCGUGGCGGCCGUUCCGCUACAGACGCGGCUCUUCAGCUUCUUGGAUCCGGCCGGCGAAGACGAGAGCCCAGUCAGUCAAUGUACGGCAAGGACGGCGGCGACAGCGGCUGGCGGUGGCGGCGGCGACGACGGUGCCCAGCCGCCAUCCGUACACGGCGGCGGCGGCCGCGGCAUGAAGGAUAGGCCAGGCGACGCGCGGCCCCAACGACGCGAUGACAAUGGUGGCGGCGAUGUCGCCGCCGCCGCCGCUAUCGCAGGCCCCCCAAGACCUGACUUGUGGCAUCUUGUGCUCUCAUGUGAAGACUUGAACCACCGGGAUCCGCCGCCGCCGCCGCCGUCAUCGCCGCCAACAGUGCAGGAACAACAACAGCCGCAGGAGCAACAGGAGCCGAAAUCGCAGUCACGGCAAGAACAACAGCUGCCGCCGCAGCAGCAGCAGCAGCAGCAACAACAACAGGACGCCGGGGGGGUCUAUGGGAAACCGGCGAGGGGGCGCGACGGUCGUGGCGGCGCCGAUGCUGUUGCUGCUGCUACUGCCGAGCCCGCCGUCGGGGGGGCUACGACGUCCGCGAACCAGCUAGAUCCUGGUCGCCCUGCUCCCAGUCGCCUCGCUAAUCGAUCCAGACGUAGCGGCGGCGGUAGCAGGCUGAAGGCUACGCCCUCUGCCGCUGCAGUAGCAGUAGCAGCAGCAGCGAAAACAAGCGAAGGUCACGCCUCUGCAGCCGGUCCCGCUACCGCUGUAGCGGCCCGAGAUUCAGAUCCAAAUCCAGGUAAAACAGCCGUGAUGGAAGCCGCCACGGCGGCGGAGGCGGGGCCGCAAAUGGCCGUACAUAGGGGCGCGGGUGUAGAGCCGCCCCUAGGAGCGGACGGUGGAGAUGCCUGUUUAGAUGGUGGUGACUGCAACAGUGGCGAUGACGCCUGCGGUACGGCAGGCCGCGGCGACGGCGGCUGUGUUCCUUUCGUCGGGCCCACGCCGCCGCCGUCGCCGCCGCCGGGGCCAGGUUCGCGGGGGGAGGCUGCGGCGGUGGCAGCCGCCGCGGCGGCAGCGGAGGCAAUCCUCGGCCGCCGAGAUGCCACACUCGCCGGUGGCGACGAUGGAAGCCACGACAGCGGAGGCGCCAACGGUCGGGGCAUGUGUACGACAAUGCUCACCGGUGCCGCUCUACUGGCCGCUGGUACGGCAGCGACGGCGGCGGUGGUUGCACCAGAGCGCGUGCGUGUGACAGCACAGCUGACGAACGACCUCCACGGGGGCGUAGGUUACGGCAGUACGACGCCGCCACCGCAAACGAUGGCGGCAGCGGCGACAUGCUCCGCGGCAGCGGCGGCGGCAGCCGCUGAGCGUCAGACCCCGGGCAGCCUCCUACCCGUACUCUUGGGCUCAUCCGUUGUAUCGCCGAACGAAGCGUUAGCGCAGAUGGCCGCGGCGUCGAAGGGAGGCGGCGGUGGCGGCGGCGGCGGCGGCGGCGAACCUCUGCGGACGUCUGCCCUGGCGUCGCUCGAGUCUGGAGGGGCCCCUGCCACAUGUGCGUCGUACGUCUUCUCCGUGUAG